AUGGCACUUGCAUUUGUCUGGAACCUUCAAAAUCUCUGGCCCUUUUCGAUACUCAAAUCCGAUGACCUGAAAGUAUCUAAUGAAUUAGUACGCAAACUACCAAUACCUGAACACACGAAACAGUUUGUUUACGCCGUUCGGGAGCCUGAAACUCAGUCUGUAAUUUACAUACUUUCUGCUCAAAGUUUAUCAGAGGGGUCAGCAUUGGAUGCUGAUUGUCUUAUUAGGGAGGUUAGACCUGAUGCUGUUAUUUCCCAGGUGGGUCUUUCAACUGUGACUGAAAUUCAAUCUGAAGAGACUGUAUUAAGAGAUGGUUUUGACAACUCAGUUCCCACUUCGUCAUUUAAAGUUCUCAAAAGAUGUUUUCUGGAGAAGGUUAAUAAGGAGAAGUAUGAGGAUAUUGCAGGAAACUUGGUUUUACAAGAGAUCUUUGGGGUUGGUUUUCAUGGACACUUUUUGGUAGCCAAAAAGGUGGCUCAGGAGGUUGGGUCUUCAUUCUUGGUGCUUGAAUUGCCAUUUGUAAAAUGUUCUGGUGGGGAGAAUGCCUCAGGUGAACAUGAAGCAGUGAGCAAGUUCCAAGGUUUAGCUAGUAGUUUGGUUCCACAGAAAGUUGGUUCAGUUGCUUCGGUAAGUCCGUCAAGGUUUUGCAUAACCAAUGAUGUUCAUUCACAGAUGGUUAAGUUAUUAUCUCCACAUAUUGAUUUAUCAAUAUCAAGGCUAAGUCCAUCGACUUCUGUUUCUGAGGCUCUAGCUUGUGCACAAAGGAUGUUUUAUGAUGUGAAAAGAGGUGAAGCUGUAGAUACCAAAGUUAUAUCUGAAGUCUAUGCCUUCCGGAUUGCAGUUGAGGGCCUAAGAAUCUCUAUGAACAAUGCUGGUCGGCUUCCCAGUAAUAAAAUAAGGAAUCCGAACUUAAAUAAGAUCGAUUUUUCUGAGCUUCCAGUUGAGGACAAGUCAUAUGCUCUCUUUGUUCAGGCCCUUCGCAGCCAGACUAAGAAGUUCAAGACUAUAGUGGCAGUAGUGGAUGCUAGUGGCUUGGCAGGUCUUAGAAAACACUGGAACACCCCUGUUCCUCUGGAGGUCAAGGAUUUGGUUGGACAGCUUGUUACUAAUUGUGAAGGCGAAGGGGAGAUGUCAAACGAUACUGAUAGGAAGCGGCUAAUAACUAAUAAACCUUUGGUGGCAGUAGGGGCAGGGGCAACAGCAGUUUUAGGAGCCUCUUCGUUCUCAAAAGCUGUGACACUCAAAGUUCCUGCUUCAACCUUUAUGAAAGUUUUGACACUCAAAGUUCCUGCUUCACUUAAACUCUUUCUAAGCCAAACCCAUAAGACAGUGGGAAUUGCCCUUAGUAAGACCCUUGGCCCAUCAAAAGUGGUAGCUCCAGGUUUUAUGAGUUCUGGAGUCAAAUCAACAUCUAUAUUGAAAGCAACUGCUUCUGCUGAGAAGAUCCGAGCAGCUGCCCAUAGUGUUAUAGCUGCUGCUGAGAAGACGAGCUUUUCAGCCAUGAGAACUGCAUUCUAUCAAAUAAUGAGGAAACGGCAGCUCCAGAAAAUCGGUGUCCUACCAUGGGCUACAUUUGGGUGUAGUAUGGCAACUUGUGCCGGGUUGGUUGCAUAUGGAGAUGGGAUUGAAUGUGCUGCUGAAUCUCUACCUGCAGCUCCAUCAAUUGCCAGUUUGGGUCGUGGGAUUCAAAAUUUACACCUGGCAUCUCAGGAAGUGGCACAGAGAGAUAGCACCAGAUUACAAAAAUCGAUUGAAUACCUCAUGUACAGGUUUAAGAAAGUCAGAACUCAGUAG